GCGGAGGCGAGCCGGGCUGGACCUGACCCCCGGCUGCGGCGGGCGCUUUUCCGGCCGAGGGACAGGGCGGAGGCCGCCGCGCCCCGGGCUCUCUCAAGUUUCCUUUCCUGUUGGCCGUGCGGCCCUGCGCUUCAGGUAGCAGCGGCCCGGCCGGGUGGGCGGGCGGCGGACAGGGCAGACCUCCGCGGCGGCGGCUCGGCCCGCGCCCCUCUGCCGCUGGCUCCUCGCCUCUCCUCUGCUCCGCGCCCAGUCGAGAUGCCGCGCCAGUUCCCCAAGCUGAACAUCUCCGAGGUGGACGAGCAAGUCCGGCUCCUGGCCGAGAAGGUGUUCGCUAAAGUGCUCCGAGAAGAGGACAGCAAAGAUGUCCUGUCCCUCUUCACCGUCCCCGAGGACUGCCCCAUCGGGCAGAAGGAGGCCAAGGAGAGGGAGCUGCAGAAGGAGCUGGCGGAGCAGAAGUCUGUGGAGACUGCGAAAAGAAAGAAAAGUUUUAAGAUGAUUCGGUCCCAGUCCCUGUCUCUGCAAAUGCCGACGCAGCAAGAUUGGAAGGGCCCCCCGACAGCCUGCCCAGCCGUGUCUGCCGCAGCUCCUGUGCUCCCCGGAGCCCCUCCCCAGCCCGCACCUGCACCCUAUGCCAUGCCUGAGUACCAGCGGGUCACCAUCAGCGGAGACUACUGUGCUGGGAUCACCGUGGAGGACUAUGAACAGGCCGCCAAGAGCCUGGCCAAGGCCCUGGUGAUCCGGGAGAAGUACGCCCGGCUCGCCUACCACCGCUUCCCACGCACCACGGCCCAGUACCUGGGUCACUGGCGGGCAGACGCUGCACCUCUGGAAGAGGGCCUCCCAGACUUCCACCCUCCCCCACUGCCCCAGGAAGACCCUUACUGCCUGGAUGAUGCUCCCCGAAACCUGGGCUUCCUGGUCCGCAUGCAGGGGGGCAUCCUCUACGUGUACGAUAACACAAAGAUGCUGGAAUGCCAGGAGCCCCACAGCCUGCCCUACCCGGACCUGGAGACCUACACGGUGGACAUGAGCCACAUCCUGGCUCUCAUCACCCAUGGCCCCACGAAAACGUAUUGUCACCGGCGACUGAACUUUCUGGAAUCCAAGUUCAGCCUUCACGAGAUGCUAAAUGAAAUGGCCGAGUUCAAAGAGUUGAAGAGCAACCCUCACCGAGACUUCUAUAACGUGAGAAAGGUGGACACGCACAUCCACGCAGCUGCCUGCAUGAACCAGAAGCACCUGCUGCGCUUCAUCAAGCAUACGUACCAGACGGAGCCCGACCGGACAGUUGCCGAGAAGUGGGGCCGGAAGAUCACCCUGCGGCAGGUGUUCGACAGCCUGCACAUGGACCCGUACGACCUCACUGUGGACUCGCUGGAUGUCCAUGCGGGCCGGCAGACGUUCCACCGCUUUGACAAGUUCAACUCCAAAUACAACCCUGUGGGGGCCAGUGAGCUCCGAGACCUGUAUUUGAAAACUGAAAACUACCUGGGAGGAGAGUACUUUGCUCGGAUGGUCAAGGAGGUGGCCCAGGAGCUGGAGGAGAGCAAGUACCAGUACUCAGAGCCACGGCUCUCCAUCUACGGCUGCAGUCCUGAGGAGUGGUCCAACCUGGCCCGCUGGUUCAUCCAGCACAAGGUCUACUCACCCAACAUGCGCUGGAUCAUCCAGGUGCCCCGGAUCUAUGACAUAUUUAGGUCAAAGAAGCUGCUGCCAAGCUUUGGGAAGAUGCUGGAGAACAUCUUCCUGCCCCUUUUUGAGGCCACCAUUAAUCCUCAGGAUCACCGAGAGCUUCACCUCUUCCUCAGAUAUGUGACGGGGUUUGACAGCGUGGAUGAUGAGUCCAAGCACAGCGAUCACAUGUUCUCAGACAAGAGCCCCAGCCCGGACGUCUGGACCAGCGAGCAGAACCCGCCCUACAGCUACUACCUGUACUACAUGUAUGCCAACAUCAUGGUGCUCAACAACCUCCGCAGGGAACGGGGCCUGAGCACGUUCCUGUUCCGGCCUCACUGCGGGGAGUCUGGCUCCAUCACUCACUUGGUAUCUGCUUUCCUGACUGCCGACAACAUUUCCCAUGGGCUGCUCCUCAAGAAGAGUCCGGUGUUGCAGUAUCUCUACUACCUUGCUCAGAUCCCCAUUGCCAUGUCUCCUCUUAGCAACAACAGUCUGUUCCUCGAAUAUUCCAAAAACCCUCUGAGGGAGUUCCUGCAUAAGGGACUGCAUGUUUCUCUCUCCACCGAUGACCCCAUGCAGUUCCACUACACGAAGGAAGCACUUAUGGAAGAAUACGCAAUUGCGGCUCAAGUGUGGAAGCUGAGCACGUGUGACCUGUGUGAGAUCGCCAGGAACAGUGUGCUGCAGAGCGGCCUCUCGCAUCAGGAAAAGCAAAAAUUUCUGGGACAAAAUUAUUAUAAAGAGGGACCUGAAGGAAAUGAUAUUCGAAAGACAAAUGUUGCUCAGAUCCGGAUGGCGUUCCGAUAUGAGACCUUAUGCAAUGAGCUCAGCUUCCUGUCUGACGCCAUGAAAUCAGAAGAGAUCACAGCCCUGACCAAGUAGUCGAGCACUAGACAUGCAUUUUAACUUUCUGGUUUAAUUUCAAAUCUGCUGUGAUUAACAGUGUUCAAGAUACCAAACUAUCCUCCACGGAGAGGAUGCCUGUGAAGAACUUUCAAACUAGUGAUUUUUGGUUGCACUGUUCACUUUAAGGUCUAAUAUGCCCACUUCUGUUAAUAUUUUUGAGUAAUAGAUGGUGAAUCCUCCUUGGGGAUCUGGGAGCUAGACACUUGUCUAUAUUCAUUCCUAAUUUUCCAGAUGUUUCUCUUGAAAGUGCUAAUGCUUGCAUUGUUGGGGCAAGGAUCUUACAUGGUCCAGUGCCCACUGAUAUAAGAGGGCUGUGUGGUUUUCUGCCACAGUCCUCUCUGUAGGCCCUGCAGACUAGUUGGUAUUUGUUCAUUUCAGCCUCUGAUGGGCUGGCUGCCUUAAAGUCUGUUUCAAAGCUCCCUUUCAUAAAGGAGCUACUUCGAGAGAAUUAGAAAACUUCCUUUGUUGUGCUUUUUUUUUUUUUUUAAUGAGUUUUUAAAACUUUUAUUUAGCCUCCCUCCCUUUCUAUUUAGGAAACCAAAUAUUCACAUCACAACCAUCACUCCUAUUUUGGGUCUUGGUUUCCUCAUCUGAAAGGUGAGAGUUUGCACUAGAUGAGUGAUUUUCAGGUGGUGGUCUGUGAGUUCGCCUCCUGGACCACUUCAAGGCAGGGGUGGGCAGGGGGGAAUGAGGUUCUGGGGUGCUGCUUUUACUUCUUCAAGGUGACUCUGCUUUCAUCAGUUUUACAUUGGGACUUCUGUGUAUUUACAUUUGAACUAAGGACUUUGAAAAGCACAGGACUAGAUGACCUCUGUUCUUUUUGGCUUUAAUAUUCUAUGAUUGUAGCCCAAUUAUCAUUUUACUUAUGAAGAGUUAGGGCCACAGAAGUAAAGUUUGCUUAAGGUCACACAGCUCUAAUAAGUAAUAGGACUAGAACUAGGUUUCCCUAAUCCUAAUCCAGUCCUUUCCCCACUAUUCCAUCAGACCUCACAAAUGUAGAUUUUUUUGGUCACUGUAACCUGGUGCAUUCCCCCCCCCCCCAGGUGAAAUCUCACCUUUACCUAAUAUGCAGACUUCUUCAGAAGAUCUAAGUGGUCCCUGGGGCCAGGUAGAAAGCAUUUUUAAAGACUAGUCUGAAUUUAAGCUUUACCAAUGUAUUCUUCAUCUGUGUUACUAGUGCCUGGUACAUAGUAGGUGCUCAAUAUAUGUAUAUUAAAUAAAUGAAUGAAUUUCCUCUUUUGGCAACUUUUUAAGGAUGUGUGCUUCUGGUACUCACCAAGCUGCUCAAGGACCUUCCUGUCUAUCUCUGUGGGCAAAUGCAGACUACAGGAAGCCCUUCUGAAUUAUUACAGAGUUAGAAGAACCCGAUUUUUGCCUGUGAAAAUGCUUACCUGACUUUAGAUUGUUUUGUCCUGUUACUUUAUAAUGCUUAUCACCUCUACUGGUCAACUUAGUACAAACAAUAAAUGUAGUCUUUUUACUAGGCAGACAUGUGCUAUCUUACAGCUAAUCAUGAAAUUAAAUGAAAACCGAGUAUUUGUGUUAGGCAUCCACUAUUUUUUGAAAAGCCAUUUGUAUACUUUUGCCCUAACAUAGCAAGUACUGUACAGUUUUUCAUUGUCAUUUUAUCUGUAUCAAGUAUUUGUUUUUAUUAUUAAAGUCUGUUAGGACUGUG